AUGGCCUCUGUUUCUUCUUCGCCUUCGGCUGCAUAUUUUGAAGACGUGGGCGGUUUCCUCCAGUUCUUACCGGCUUCCCAUGGCAGUUUGGGACAUCCACAGCUUUGCCAGCGGCCUUGCGUGCACAUCGCGAAGGGUGGUUCCUGCUCUCUCGGCUCUGCGUGCCGCUUUUGCCACGACGUGCACCGCACAGCCCCUCUGAAAAUGGAAAAAACCCAACGCCAGCUCAUGCAAACGAUGCGGAAGGAAGAUGUGAGGACCCUUCUCCUCCCCCACAUCCAGAACAGGCUUCGGAAGCUCGAGCUGACAGAGAAGGCGGCCGGUCUUUUGCACCUGUUCGGGCAGGAACUCCACUCGGACGAGCAACACGCCUUCAAGUCAACAGGCGCGACCUGA